CAGAUGUAGAGAGAAGACGAUGUCGACAGAGUUCUGACCUAUGGAUCGCGAAUAUGAAGAGGUCAUUGCCAACCAGCCUGUGGUCAUCGACAAUGGCUCCGGCAUGAUCAAGGCUGGGUUUGCCGGUGAUGAUGAUGUGAAAUUGGUGCACCCCUCCUUUGUUGGAAGGCCCAAACACCAACGCGUCAUGGCCGGUGCCGUGGAAGGAGAUGCCGGUGAGAUCUUUGUGGGUGAACGCGCCGAGAAGUUUCGUGGGAUUCUGUCCUUGAAAUAUCCCAUGGAGCACGGCAUUGUUCAGCACUGGGACGACAUGGAGCUGAUUUGGCGCCAUGUCUAUUCUGAGAUGAAGGUGAAUGCUGAAGAGCAUCCGGUUCUGCUCACAGAGGCACCGCUAAAUCCGCGAAAGAAUCGGGAGAGAGCGGCCGAGAUCUUUUUUGAGACCUUCGGCUGCCCCGCACUGUUUGUGUCUGCUCAGGCGAUUCUGUCGUUGUACGCCAGCGGACGGACGACCGGGGUGGUUCUGGACUCCGGCGACGGCGUGAGCCAUGCGGUGCCGGUCUACGAGGGCUUUGCUCUGCCACAUGCAGUGAUGAGAUCCGAUGUGGCUGGUCGCGAUGU